CAAUCUUCUGCCAGUGCCAACGAAACCACUCUGCCAAUUUCGUCAAAUCAAAUUGGUUCUGCCAUCUGCCAUUGUAAAAUGGACCCAUGUAGAGGGUGCUGAUUAAAGAUUCUAUUUAUUCUUUAUUUCGCCUAAUAAAACUUUUCAAUAAUACGUAAAAAUGAGCGUGUUUAAGUCAGCCAUGGGCUACUUUAGCUCCAGUGGUGCUAACGGUGGAAGCGACAAUGAGUUCGUAGGUCAAUUUGUUGAAAUUGGGAAUAUGAAACUGAGAGUAAAAAAAGUGAUUGCAGAAGGUGGUUUUGCGUUUGUGUUCGUCGCCCAAGACGUGUCAUCUGGCACUGAAUAUGCUCUAAAGAGACUCAUGGCGGCUGACGAACAGGCAAACAAAAAUAUAAUCCAAGAAAUUAGUAUAUUAAAAAAGUUAUCGGGUCAUCCCAAUGUUAUUAAAUAUAUAGCCGCUUCAUUUAUUGAUAAGUCAAAAACCUCGCAUGGAAUGGGAGAGUAUUUGUUGUUGACGGACCUGUGUAGCGGGGGCAGCUUGAUGGAAGCCCUUCAGAACCGAGGGCAGGCCUUCCCGCUGCCGACUAUCCUCAGGGUGUUCUACCAGACAUGCAAGGCAGUGCAACACAUGCACGCACAGGUUCCUCCGAUCGCCCAUCGUGAUCUCAAGCUAGAAAAUUUCUUAAUAUCGAAUGAAGGUACAAUGAAACUCUGUGAUUUUGGUUCAGCAACUACUGACGUAUAUUCGCCUAAUCCUUCCUGGAGUGCUAAUCAAAGAAAUAUGUUAGAAGAAAACUUGGCCCAGUUCACGACGCCCAUGUACAGAGCACCAGAAAUGUUAGACACCUGGGACAACCGGAAAAUAGACCACGCAGUGGACGUAUGGGCUUUGGGUUGCAUACUAUACACGCUCUGUUAUAUGCAACACCCGUUCGAGGACUCUGCUAAGUUGGCCAUAUUGAACGGAAAUUACAACCUCAACCCUAACGAUCAGCGCUACAAAUGUUUACAUGAAAUCAUAAACGGGUGCCUGACGGUGAGCCCGGAGCAGCGGCUAAACAUCAGCGGGGUGCUGGAGCGGCUGGCGGCCGUGGCGGAGUCCAACAAUAUCAAUCUCAAGCAACCACUCAAAUUUGAGCGUAAAAAAGUUGAACAAUCUGUGGCCACUAGCUCGCCAGCGGUGAGCAAAGAGCCGAUAGCAAACAGCCAGGAGGUGCCGAACCCGCGGCCGCCCGAGCCGGCGCGGCCCCCGCCGCCCGCGCGGCCGCCCGCGGCGCCCCACUACCCCCUGCCGGCGGCGCCCGCGAACUCGGGAGGGCUGUUCUCCUCGAUAAAAGGUGGCGCUGGCAGCUUCUUGAAGAAUCUGAAGGACACCUCUUCGAAGGUCAUGCAAACUGUUCAACAGUCUAUAGCGCGAACAGAUUUAGACAUGAGUUACAUUACAAGUCGCGUGCUUGUGAUGCCGUACCCGUCCGAGGGAUUGGAGAGCGCAUAUAAGACUAAUCACAUUGACGACGUCAGGGCAUUCUUAGAAACGCGUCACCCCGGCGGCAAGUACUGCGUGUUCAACCUGUACCGCGGCGGCCGCCUGCACUUCCCCCGCCACGCGACGGUGGCGGACGCGUGGCAGCUGUGGCCCACGCCCGCGCACCGCGCCCCUCUCCUCGCCGCUCUCUACAGGCAACUGCAGGACAUGUACCAGUGGCUAGGUCGUGAUGAGAGAGCCGCCGCUGUCAUCGCUUGCCAGGACGGCAAAUCGAUGUCGUGCAUGGUGCUAUGCGGGCUGCUGUUGUACGCGAAGCUGGUGACGGUGCCGGAGGACGCGCUGCAGAUCUUCGCCGUGAAGCGAGCGCCCGCCAACAUGCCGCCCAGCCAGCUCCGAUACCUAUACUAUCUCAGUAAUAUUAUUAGACCAGAACCAAUACUCCCGCACUUUAGGCCAGUUACUCUGGUCUCCCUAACUAUUCAACCAGUACCACUAUUUACGAAAGCCAGGGAUGGUUGUAGACCAUUCAUAGAAGUAUUCAACGAAGACAGGGUGUUGUUAUCGACGCUACAGGACUACGACAGGUUACACAUGUACACGGCACAGGAAGGCAAGGUGACAUUACCACUAGACACGACGGUAUGCGGGGACGUGUUAGUAGUAGCAUCACACGCACGCCAACAGCUCGGUCGAGUGCACGCCGUGCCCAUGCUGUCCGUGUCCUUCCACACCGGCUUCCUGCAGCCCACGCAGCACGCUAUCAAGUUCACCAGAACCGAGAUCGACGGAAUAGAAGACACAACCCCGAUCAACGACCACUUCCCCUCCAACGUCUCUGUCGUCAUCAGCCUCGUGGUUCAGAACGGCGAGCGCCGCAAGCCGCGCUCCGACCCCUGGGAGGAGGAUCACUCCUUCCCAGUGCGGACGCCGGACGUACUGUUCUCUACCACGUUGGAGAGAGACGAGACGAUUGAUAACUUUGUUACAGCAGAGUACCCGACCGCGGAGGCCGCGUCGGCGCCCGCGCGGCCCGCCCCCGCCCCCUGCCCCGCGCCGCCCCCCAUGCGCCCCGCGCCGCCCUCCACGCGCCCCGCGCCCCCCGCCCCGGCGCCGCCGCGCCCCGCGCCCCCCGACAUCGCCUCCGCCCCCGCGCCCCCGCCCGCCGACACCGCGGACUUUCUCAACCUCGCAACGCCUAAACCGAAGGAGGAGAAGAAACUUAAGACUGAUGACUCGUUUGACUUCUUCGGGAUGAUGGAGAAGCAGGAUGACGCGUUUGGAGACUUUCUUGGCGGGCGGGUGGCGGCUGAUAACCCCCAGCCGUUCUCGUCGGAAUCCAUAUUCGGUUCGGUGCCGGCGCCGGCGCCGGAGGGCGAGGCGGCGCGGGCUGCCGCGGACCCCAACUUCGACCCGUUCGGGCUCAACGAGCCGCUGCCCGAGCAGGACAACCUGCUCACUCCGCAGCUAGUCAAGGAGGAUGUCCGAUCACAGAGCGUGCCCCUAGAUCAGCUGAAGAAGGACCCGUUCGCGGAGCUGGGCCUGCUGGGGCCCGGCGCCGGGCACGUGUCGGCGCCGGGCGGCUCGGCGCGCGCCUCGCCCGCGCACAAGCCGCACCCCCCGCACCCCCCGCACCCCCCGCACGAGCCGCACACGCCGCAACACCAGCCUGACUACAGUCGAACACACUUCGAGCCAGCCAAAACACCAAUGGAUGACAAGCCUAAAAAACCGGCGGAUGUGUUUGGAGACCUAUUAGGCAGCCAGGGCUACGAGUUCGCGGCCAAAAAAGACACUGGCCCGCGGACUAUGAACGCUAUGCGUAAGGAAGAGAUGGUCAAAGAAAUGGACCCGGAGAAGAUUAAGAUACUUGAUUGGACGGAAGGCAAGAAGGCGAACAUCCGCGCGCUGCUGUGCUCGCUGCACACGGUGGUGUGGGAGGAGUGCCGCUGGGCGCGCGUCGACAUGGCGCAGCUCGUGUCGCCCGCCGACGUCAAGCGCAACUACCGCAAGGCCUGCCUCGCCGUGCAUCCCGACAAGCAAAUGGGUACAGACAACGAAAACAUCGCUAAAAUGAUCUUCAUGGAGCUCAACAACGCCUGGAGCGACUUCGAAAACGACACCAAGCAACAGAAUCUCUUCCAGUCUUAACUUAAUAACGUAGGACGUUUUCAUGAAACUAAAACUAGGGUCGGUAUAAGAUAGCUUGCCGCCACAUUCGAUUCUUUUACACAUUAAUUAGUGUUUAUUGCGAGUUCAUACAUUUGCCACUAGGCGCAAGUAGCCAAUGUAUAAACUCGCAAUAAACACUAAUCAACGUGUAAACAGGUUGGCAAUGUGAAUGCCAGCCACACUCACCCCUAUGCCACACUUAUCCGUAUUGACCUUACAGGAUUUUUAAAAGCGCCGAUAAUUUAUUGUCAACAUUUCUAAACCAUUGUUAAAACACUAUUGUGCACAAAAACUAGAUUAAAAUAAACCUACUGGUGAUGAUUAAAAUGCUUCCUUUUGAGUCCUUUUUUAAUUUUACCGAUUAAACCGAAUCAUUGGAAACUUGUUUGGUAACACCAAUUGGUAGAUGAAUGUUGAUUAUUAAUAUUUUAUGUAACCACUAAUAGUGAAAUAUCCAAUCUGUAAUAACCUUUACUCUUUAAACCUGACAAUAUUAUUCGUUACAGCAAAGUAUUUAUAUUCUACCACAUCUUUAGAUGGCCUCUGUAGCCUAUUCGAUAGUGACUCUGCCUACGAAUCCCGGUCAGGGCAUUUAUUUGUGUUUAUCACAAAUAUUUGUUUCGGAGUUAUGGAUGGUUUCUAUGUGUAUAAGUAUUUAUACAUAUAUAACUAUAUAUCAUAUAUAUCGUAGUUUAGUGCCUACAAUACAAGCCUUAUUCAGCUUACUGUGGGACUAGGUCAAUUUGUGUAAGAUUGUCCGUAUAAUAUUUAUUUAUUUACAUUUUGAUGUUGGCUAAGUCAUACUUACAUUAAUACCUAUUAAAGGAAAGGAUACUCCAUUAGCAUUUACUGUUAUACGAGAAUAAGAGAUCCGAAAUAUACGUAUUCAUACAAACGUUAGGUUUGUAUUGGUACAGUACGUUAUGCGUGGACUAAUAAAUACACCUGAAAUUUACCAAAAAAGGACCCGUCUUUUUCGCUUCAAUCUAUAAUUAGAAACAAGUGUUAGACGCAAAAUUAUUUACUUGCACAUGCCCCCGACGUAGAAAAAAAAAAUCAGUUGGUAAAUUUAAUUAAAGUAGAUUUUUGACGUUAAACAGAAAUAAAUGUGCAUGUUAUAUUCAUUACAUAACAAUGUAUUCAUGAUGCUGAAAGUUAAAAUAAUCGUCAAAUGUAUAAUAUUAAAACAAUAAGUUUGUAGCGUUAGCACAUCAAAUUAUUGCUGAAAAAAGAACUAAAUAAUGUAUAUUCGGAAAUGUGGGUAAAAAAACGCCUUACGGAUGUUAUAAAUAAGAUAUUCUGCCAAACAGCAUUUCAGCAACUACUUUUGGGAACAGAAUUUCAAGUUUAAAUUAUACAGAUGUAGUGAACAGUCCUUUGCCAUCGUGUUUUCUCGGAAACGUUCGUAUUUGUAUAUUCAGUCAACCUCAGUAUUUUUUGUAGGUACUGAAACUGAUUGAAACAGCAUAACACGUUUGUGCGUUUCCGUGAAAAUACGAUAGUAAAGGUUUAUUGACUUACCCCCUUAUUCAUAAACGUCUACUAAAGUUGACAAGCCGCUAAUAAACGUUUGUCCCUUUCCAUCAUACCAAUACGUCGGAAAGGGACAAACGAUUAUUAGCGGCUUGUCAAGUAUAGUAGACGUUUAUGAAUAAGGGGGUGCAUCUGUAAGUGUUACAGCAAUUCUCUUUAGUCAGCAAUCUGUGCCUUCGAAAUGCACGACAUAAGGUUCAUAUUUGCUUGAGGGCAAUAAUUGUACUUGUAUCAUAACAUAACCAUUCGGAGCACGAGUACCACAACGGCUGAACUUAGAAAGUUCCUGUUCUUAAUUCUAUCUUUAUGUUAAAUGUUCAAAUAUUUGAAACAAUAGCCAACUGAAUAUAGAAUAUCCGGAACAAUUUUGUGGCUCAAUAGCCGGAUGAACAUAAUGUUAGAAAGUAUCUUCUGAAAUGUUGCAUGGCUACAACGGCUUAGCGUGUUAGCUUCUACAAUGCUGGAUAUAAAACAAUGUUUACUUGUUUGGUAGCAAGUGCAAUAAUAAUAAUUUUAGAUGUACAGUCAUUUCGCUAUGAGGUUUGUCAAUUAGGAUUACUCACUCGUAAUUAAGAAUAAUUCAUCUAUUACGAGAAAAAAGUCACAUAGAAAAUACAGUUAGAGCUAAUUCAAUUCUAGAUGUCGGUGUUCAAGUAUUGUUACUGUGUUUAUUGCAGAAACCACUUUAUGGGAACCAUUUCACAGAAUUUACUGGUAUAUUAUAAUUGAACACUUUCGAGCAACGAACAAAUUCAGACCUCUAUGUUCAGGAAAAAGGCAAUACGAAAUACUUUUAGUUGCUUACAUGUCUAGUUUUUGAAGGUUUCUACUGGAGCUUAUUUUUUUUGCACCGAAAAUAUAGCAAUAUAAAAAUACUAUAAGAUUCGUUAUAAAUAAAACUCCAAUGUUAAACUGUGGUACUUAUUAGGCUUAUAAGAUUUCUGGUUAGAUGUGUACAUUCCUAAUGUAAUUACGUGAUUAUAUUUUGUAGGUUUUUCUCAGUUUGCAAGGUACACUUGUAUCGCUAUCAUUGCACGCACCCAAUACAAUAAAAUGUAUGUGGGGUGCAAGAUUUUUUGAGUUGACGCUGAUUUAUAAGUUUUGUACGAUCUGUUUCGCUUUAUUCAUUGACAUAUAUCUAAGGACGGGCCUUACGGGCAAUAAGAAUGGGGCCAGUACAGCGGUGUCACGCACACGAAUUCGAGCCACUCGUGCAGUCUAACGCCACAACGCUGUUGUUUGAUGAGUUCGCAUCACGCGCGCGAUUGGUCGCAACUAGUUAUGUUAGACUGCACGAUUGGCUUGAAUUCGUGAGUGACAUCGCUGAACUAGCACCAUUCUUAGUGCCCGUAAGGCCCGUCCUAGAUAUGUCAAUAGCCGGGUCCACACAUAGCGAGCAUAUGCGCGAGGCAAUUUCCUCGCGCACAAAACGGCCAGUGUAGACGUGCCUCGGCCGAGGCGGCGCGCGCGAGGCACGUCUAAAAUAGCGAUACAACACGCGCGCCUCGGUCGAGGCACUUCUACACUGGCCGUUUUGUGCGCGAGGAAAUUGCCUCGCGCGUAUGCUCGCUAUGUGUGGACCCGGCUAAUGGCCUUAUUGUAGUCUGCAGAUUAAAUUUAAUAUUUUAAUUUCAAGUUCUAGUUAUAUUUGUCUAUGAUUGUAAUACUUUGAGCCAGUGAGUACAAUCGCACGAAAGUGUGUGUUGAAAUGUAUAUUUUGCUUAGUGAUUAUAAUAGCUAUGUGCAAUUUAUAAUAAAAUUGUUCAAAUGAAAAGAAAUGAUUAUGGAA